GAUAAAACCCUAGUGAAAACAAAAAAGUAUCGCCGGGGCUAGCUAGGCUCGAACUCAUACUCGCAUGCGUUGUUUUCUUCUUAUAGCUCUAUCAACACAUUCCUUUGGUCACAAUUUCUUAUCUCCUCUCACUACUCUCCGUUCCGCUCACUCAACCCUAUCCCACGCGUUCACGCGCCGCCCCCCCUACACGACGAUUCAAAUGGAGGAGACUCUCCGUAAAGCCCUAGCCGAGAAGCAAUCGGCCGUGGAUUCACAAGGCAACGCCGUUCGUGCUCUCAAGGCUGCCAAAGCCGCCAAGGCCGAUGUUGAUGCCGCAAUCGAAGCCCUCAACGGGUUGAAGCUCGAGAAGGCCUCGAUCGAGAAGCAGCUCCAGGCUACCGUCUCCGGCGGCGGUGGCGAUGGGUCGCUCAACAGGGAAGCUUUCCGGCAAACCGUGAAUAACACGCUCGAGCGGCGGCUGUUUUACAUUCCGUCGUUCAAAAUCUACCGCGGCGUUGCUGGGCUUUACGAUUACGGGCCUCCCGGUUGUGCCAUCAAGUCCAACGUCCUCGGUUUCUGGCGCCAGCAUUUCGUGCUUGAGGAGAACAUGCUGGAAGUUGAUUGCCCAUGUGUCACACCUGAGGUUGUCCUGAAGGCAUCUGGGCAUGUUGAUAAAUUCACUGACCUUAUGGUCAAGGAUGAGAAAACGGGCACCUGCUACCGUGCUGACCACUUGCUCAAGGACUUUUGCAAUGAGAAGCUUCAGAAAGACCUUAGCAUAACUGCAGAGAAGGCAGCAGAACUGAAACAUGUACUUGCAGUCUUGGAUGAUCUCUCAUCUGAAGAGCUGGGUGCAAAGAUCAAGGAGUAUGGCAUUACAGCUCCAGACACAAAGAAUCCACUGUCUGAUCCGUAUCCAUUCAACUUAAUGUUUCAAACAUCGAUAGGCCCAUCUGGCUUGAGUCCUGGGUAUAUGCGUCCUGAAACUGCGCAAGGCAUAUUUGUUAAUUUUAAAGACUUGUACUAUUACAAUGGUAACAAGCUCCCCUUUGCUGCAGCUCAAAUUGGUCAGGCUUUCAGGAAUGAGAUUUCUCCUCGCCAAGGCCUUUUGAGAGUCCGUGAGUUCACCCUGGCUGAGAUUGAGCACUUUGUAGAUCCUGAAAACAAGUCCCACCCAAAAUUUUCAGAAGUCGCUAACUUGGAGUUUUUAAUGUUCCCAAGAGAAGAACAAAUGUCUGGCCAUUCAGCAAAGAAAAUUCCACUGGGUGAAGCAGUUUCAAGGGGAAUUGUCAACAAUGAAACUCUCGGCUACUUUAUUGGGAGAGUAUAUCUGUUCUUAACUCGCCUUGGUAUAGAUGAAGACCGUUUACGGUUCCGGCAGCAUCUCGCAAAUGAAAUGGCCCAUUAUGCAGCUGACUGUUGGGAUGCUGAGAUUGAGAGUUCCUACGGAUGGAUUGAAUGUGUUGGUAUUGCAGAUAGGUCUGCAUAUGACUUGCGUGCUCAUACGGAUAAAAGCGGUGUUGCGCUUGUGGCUCAAGAAAAAUUCUCGGAACCUAGAGAAGUGGAGAAACUAGUCAUCAAUCCAGUGAAAAAAGAGCUGGGUCUUGCAUUCAAGGGGAACCAAAGGAUGGUGGUUGAAGCUUUGGAGGCAAUGAAUGAAAAAGAAGCUUUGGAAAUGAAGGCCACUUUAGAAUCCAAGGGGGAGACUGAGUUUUUGGUGUGCACACUUGGGAAAAAUGUAACUAUAACAAAGAACAUGGUCACAAUUUCAAAGGAGAUUAAGAAAGAACACCAGAGAGUUUUUACACCAUCUGUGAUCGAGCCAUCUUUUGGCAUUGGGAGGAUAAUAUAUUGCCUCUAUGAACAUUCUUUCUACACGAGGCCAAGUAAAGCUGGGGAUGAGCAGUUAAAUGUUUUCCGUUUCCCGCCUCUUGUUGCACCUAUUAAAUGCACAGUUUUCCCACUUGUUCAGAAUCAACAAUAUGAGGAGGUUGCUAAAGUCAUUUCUCAAUCAUUGACUACAGCUGGAAUCUCACAUAAGAUUGACAUUACAGGGACAUCAAUUGGUAAACGAUAUGCAAGGACUGAUGAACUUGGGGUACCCUUUGCAAUCACUGUUGAUUCAACGUCCUCAGUGACAAUCCGGGAGAGGGACAGCAAGGAUCAAAUCCGUGUUGAUGUGGAACGGGCAGCAUCAGUCAUUAAGGAGGUGACUGAUGGACGGACGACAUGGGCCGAUGUGUGGUCUACUUUCCCCCAUCAAUCUUCUGCAUCCGCUGAUGAUGAAUAGUGAGGGCCGAAUAAUUUCCAAUUUGGAGUUCUUACUCUUUUCUUUUUCUUUUUUUUCCUUUUUUGGUAAGUGGAGUUGUCUUGCAUUAAAAAGCCUAUAAUGUUUUUGUUUGGUUUUUUUUUUUUUUUUUGGGCGGGAUUGGUUACAACCAAUUAAAGUGAUACCAAUUUUUAAAUCUAUUCAGCUAGACAAUUAUGUUGUAGCUA